AUGGCAUCCAUCUAUUUGCUCCUCUUUCUCUCUUUGUUCAAUUUUAUUUUCGAAAUUGAAUCAACUCACUACAAAACAUUAAUGGUUGAUAAAAAUGCUUCUCCUGAUGAGAUUGAAGAAGCAUUUAAUGAAAGGAAAGAGAAAAAUCGAAAAACCAAACAGAGCGAUAAAGACUUUUUUGAUAAUUUAGAAAAAUUGUCGGAAGCACAUUCGAUUCUUAGUGAUAAAACAAAAAGGGAAAAAUAUGAUAGAGAACUUGCUAAAAAUAAAGGAAAAUCUAAGGAAGGGGAAAGUUCAAAUGCUGGAAAUAUAAACCAAGAAGAGGGACAACGUACAUCGCAGUAUUUUGGCGGAGGAACGCAUCAUUUUAGAGGGGGAACAAUUCAUAACAGAGGAUCAUUCUUUGGCACAGGAACUGGUGAAUUUGUUUCAGGAGAUCAGAUUAACAUGGGAUCCCCAUUUGGCGGAUCAAGAUCCUCAAUUGGAAAAGGGUUCCCACGUGGAGGGAACAUCAGAAGUAAGCAAAACUUAUAA